AUGAACAGACAGGACACGCACUUGGCCUACCUGCUCAACAUCAGCGGGAGCCUGGAUCAAGGAACAUGGUCGUUCAGUGGUACCUUUAGGAUGUUUGUAGUAGCGGAGAUAACCAGCGGAAGUCUCAUCCGAAGCGUGAUGACCAUAACAAUUCUAGAGACAACACAAGCGACCUCCACGAAAACAGUAGAAUCCAACUAUUUCAUCAUGCCAAUGGCGGACGUCAGCGUGGAAGCCAGGUCAUCUUUGACCCAGCCGAUACUGGGUUUGUUCACGGCACAAAUACAAAUAGACUCGUCACGUGACCUGAACGACUGCGGAAUCAAUUUACAAAGUUGUAAAUCAAAUUCACACGUUUGUCCACACAGAACACAUGCGAGUCCCAAAAUUGUAUAUUCAUAUUACACGGGUUUGUCCCCAAAGAACACAGUCAAGUCACAAAGUUUUGUAAAUCAAAUUGACAUUUCUUUGCCCACACAGAGCGGGGACAAGUGGCCGGUGCUGAUUGGUGUCAGCUUCAGCGGUAACCUCAUCUGGGUCGGGGAGAUCAGCGUCAACAUCUCCGCACCCAAAGUUAGUCGGCCGGACUUGGUGGUGGACCUACUUCAAGUGCAACAGUGCGCCUAUGACGGAAACACAACCGCAGUCUUGGAGGUGCUGGUCAAACACAGCGUGAACUCCACAGGGACGGCCUACAACGUCACAGUUAAUGUCUACUUGCCCGCCUACAUGGCUAUGAGGAAGAACGACUUUACAGUCCCUCUGGAAAACACCAUAACGGUCCGGCAGGAGAGCACAAUUAUCGUCACUGAGAUAGGUCGUCUGACAUUCAGUGACCCAUUUACACUGGAAGUGACCCUGGACGUUGACCUGUCCAGCCAGCAGAUCCUGGCCGCUGGCAGCCGGGUUGUGACAGCGGAGGCCAUCUGGGGCGACCGCUGGGGAAACCUAACUGACCUCCUGUCUGACGCCGUCUACCUGUCCGUGAAUGUUAGCAAGACAUGUUCCAAGCGUCUGAGCUGGACCAGCUCUCGCAAAUGCCCAUGCCCUCACGAUGCCAGCCUAUCCAACUGUGGGUGCUGUGUGGCUGGGGCAUGCCCUUGUGGGACAGCAAGACCCCGCGCAUGUGCCCCUUGUCAGGAAAUGUGGCGCUGUGUCCCGUACAAAACAGGAUUUGAAGAGCUUCUAUACUUACCAAAAUCUGCUGUUACUGACCAGAUUCGUUGCGAUGCCUUCCAUAUGAGACGGGGCAGCGCCACCGGAGUCUCGUGUCACAAAAUUCUGUCCAGUUCUCCGCCGAUGUAUUUAGAACUGAGUCCACGCGUUGCUGUGGUUACAGGAGUUGACCCAUCGACCGGCUUUCUCUACGGCAUAUCCAACAACGGGCUGGCUUACAUGGUCAGUGAAGACAGGGGCACCUCAUGGACAUCAAUCAUGGACAACGUCUAUGCAAACGUGACCUCAAACCCGGCCUUCAUCCCUGCAAACGUCACCCAAGUUCGUUAA